AUGAUCUUCGCCACCGCCCUCGUGGCCUCUCUCCCGCUCCUCACAGCCGCCCACUCAACACCACAUCCUCAACUCCCCCGCCAAUCCAACCCAGACCCAGACCCCCAACUCCUCCCAUGGCAAGUCACCACCCUCACAACCCACGCCCCCUCCGGCCGACCCGGCAACCCCCCCUACUCCGUCCUCUUCGUCAACAUCACCGACCCCAACACCAUCCCGGUCCCCUUCAACGGGACCUCCAUGGGCAGCCCCAUCUCCUUCCCCCCUCUUUCCGCGGCCUGCGUCCUCCGCUGGAAUGGCUACGUCAGCCUCGAUACCUAUCCCGAAGAAGACCCCUUCGGCCGCGUGACGGAUUGCACGGUGGGGCCCGCGGCUGUGAACUUGGCGACGGCGGGGAGGUGGACGGUGACGGUGGGGAAGCAGAAUGAGACUGGGUAUGGGCCGUCGGCGACGAGGGAUUUUACGUUGACAUUUGGGUUGGAGGAGAGUAUGAUGGUGGAGCAGGGGAUUGUGAGUGUGCGGUAUGAGGGGACGGGGUCGUUUGCGGUCGGGGAGAAUUUGGGGUUGGAGUGUGGCGGGAGUGGGACGUGUAAUGUGUGGUUGAAUGAGACGGUUGUGGAGGUGGAGCAGAAGUUGGUGGCUACGACGUGUUUGUCUGGGAAGUGUUUGGAGGAAGGGGAGUAA